CACCACGUUCACAGUUCACAGACUCAGAGACACUGACCUCCUUCUGACUUAGCAGUCUGUCUAAGUCGAUCCAUGAUCCAGUCUCAAGUGUCGACAUGCGGGAAGGUGGUGUUUGAAAAUCAUCGUCACUAUCCCACGUCUCUCUCCGAACGCUCCGCAUACGUAUCACCCAUUUUCGUUCACACUCAUUCACUCACCGACCGCACCCGCUUCUUGCUUGCUUCCCCCGCCAUUGUCAGUUGGCGCCACUCGUUCGCCGUGAAUUGAUGCCGGAUUCCCAUCUUCGAUCAUGAGUCCGAACGCCGACUUGAGGGGUCGAGCCAUCACACAAUUGCCCGACUUUGUGGUGGAUUUCCAAUCCGAGGAGUCUCUUCAUGUCGGAGCCAAGGCUUUGGUGAGUCAACUCAAACCCGAAUGGCCUCUGGAUGAGCUUCGGAUCAAGAAAUUCUCCGAGGGCAUCACCAAUGUGCUCGUGGGCGUCUACCGGGUGCCCAAUAAGCGUGAUAUGAUCAUGGUGCGGUGUUACGGGAAUCACACGGAGACCAUGAUCGAUCGUCAGGCGGAAAUCCGGAACAUGCUGGCUUUCUACGAUGCUGGAUGCGGUGCCCGACUCUACGGCACGUUUGCCAACGGCGUGGCCUAUGCAUUCAUCACCGGCACCAUGCUCACCACCGAGCUGGUAGUCCAGCCCAAAGUCAAUCAGCUCGUUUUAGAGAUGAUGGCCCGCAUGCAUCACUUCAAUGAUCAUCAAGAUCCCGCCGAGCGGCAGCCUUGUCUUUGGAAGUUGAUGCGCACCUUUUGGCGCUUGGUCCCGGAUCAAUACGACGAUCCCAAGAAGGCUCGCCGGUUCCAAGAACUCGGCUUGUUUUCCCGGAGCGAGCUGAAGCGUGAAAUUGACGUGUUCGAAGCUCUUCUGGGGGAUUGCGACUCGCCCGUGGUGUUCUGUCACAAUGAUCUCCUCCUGGGCAACGUCAUUCUCAGCGAAGACCAAUCUCAGGUUCGCUUCAUUGAUUACGAGUAUGGGGACAACAACUAUCAGGCUUAUGAUAUUGCCAAUCAUUUCACGGAAUACGUCGGAGUUGGCGAUCAUCUGGACUACCAACGGCUGUACCCUAAAGAGCCGGAACAAAAGGAUUGGAUCAAACGCUAUCUCCAGGCUUAUCAUGCCACUGCUGAGAUUUCAGAGGACUAUGUUCAUCGGACUUACGUUUUGGUGAACAAGUUCUCUCUCUUGGCCAACUUCACGUGGGCCAUGUGGUCGUUGGUUCAAGCCCAAUUGUCUUCGAUCGACUUUGACUAUUUCGACUAUGCCAAACAACGCUUUGACGAGUUCAAGCGCCAGAAACCCGUGUUUCUGGCUUUAGAAUGAGCCGCAAAUCGGCCAACAAGAGCGUUUCACCACAAGUGCAUUUACAAAUCUUUUAAACUUUUAUACCAAGUAUAUUAUAUACUUUAGCAUCACAUCUUUAUCUUUUGUUAGCUCUUUGUCAAUAAAUUCUAUCUUAUGAUACUA